ACUUGCACGGGCUGUUGUUAGGGAAAGACAUACUGCUGGAGCCGCGAAGCCUUCAUCCUUUGGACGUUUUUUGAGCCCAAUAUAACCUCGCUAUACUUGCACGGGCUGUUGUUAGGGAAAGACAUACUGCUGGAGCCGCGAAGCCUUCAUCCUUUGGACGUUUUUUGAGCCCAAUAUAACCUCGUUAGAGUUAAUAGGACAAUGUCGUCCAUAAAGGAGAUCAAAGCUUUAAGAAAUAAGGAAUUCGAGGGUUUCCUGAUUGAGCACUUCUACUCCCUAAAGGCUGGAACCUAUUAUGAAAGACGAAGGAUUCUCAGCGAAGUAGCUGAGAAACAUCAUUUGGACAAGAAUGAAAAAAACAGCUGUGACCAGGUGGUCACCAAGAUGAUCCGCCACGGCCUGGUACUGCUUUACGUCGAAGAUGGGAGAGAUUUCUUAACACCAGACGACCUCUCUCUGUCCACAGAGGAGGUCAAAAAGAAGAAAUCAAAGGCCUGGAAAGGUAAAAACCACCGUUUCCAGAGACCUAAAGCUCCCAAAGACAAAGAUCCCUACGAUGGAAAUACAACCAAGCGACCAGAAGCAAAGAACGAUGACAAUAACACGAUGGAUGCUCUUGUCAAAGAGCUGGAGACAGAAGGUUCUGACCCCAAAGUCAAACAAAACGCCAGUGCUACCUGCCAAGAGGCCACACGGUCGGCCUCCCAAAAAGUCUCAAGCAUGUGCUCAGUACCAGGAAGCUAUGAGUCUCAUGAGGAAGACGAGUAACCAAACAGACAGAAUUAUAGUCUUGCAAGGAUACGAACCUGUAUAUGCAUUUUUGGCAGUAACACUUUAAAAAAUAUGGUUGUUAUUUAAACCUUGUGUAAAUUAGUUUCAGCAUGAAUAAUAAGCCAAUUUUUGUGUGUGGAAGGUAUUUUAUUUUAAUGAGACUGCAAAAAUAUAAUAUGUAUUUAUUUUUUAUGAGGAAGACGAGUAACCAAACAGACAGAAUUAUAUCAGGACUACUGCCCAUGAUAUUUAGUGCACCUUUUGUGCUAGCCUUGAUGUAUCUGCUUUUGUGGCAAACAUACAUGUUAUGCCUGGAGGUGAUCCUCAUAGCUGUUGCACUUGUUUCAAGGAUUUGACCUUGUCUCCAUUUUUGGCAUUUGUCAUUAUCAAAAAGCCAGGUGCAUAUUAGUGCUGUGUGUUAAUUAGUUUGGGCAGCAUGAACCAGUGUUUUUGUGGUAAGAUAGAUCACAGUUUUAAGUGAACUUUAAUGUGUUCAUCAGAAAAAGGGGAUAGUUAUAGCAUGUCUUUUGUAAUAAUGCAAAUUUUUAAUAAUAUGUUUCAAGUCUUGCAAGGAUACGAACCUGUAUAUGCAUUUUUGGCUGUAACACUUUAAAAAAUAUGGUUGUUAUUUAAACCUUGUGUAAACUAGUUUCGGCAUGAAUAAUAAGCCAAUUUUUGUGUGUGGAAGGUAUUUUAUUUUAAGUCUUACUAGCUUUUUGAUUUGAAUAGGUGUGUAUUGUGAUACUGUAUUAAAGUGGAUCUCAUAAAUGUGUUUAUGAGAAAUGCAUAGUUAUAGCACUUCUUUUGUAAUAAGGCAAAUUUUCCAAUAAAAUAUACAUGUGAA